CUUACCAAACUCUGGGAUGGGCCGUUUAAAAUCCUUAAACGGCAAGGCAACACGGCGGAACUUCUCCUACCACCGAAAUCCUCAGCACAUCCUGUCUAUAAUGUUAGCCGACUGAAACCUUACCAUGGAGACUUACCAGAGACGUCAUGGAACCCAGACGCCGGAGCCGAACCUCAGUACGAGGUCGACGAAUUGUUGGGCCACACGUGCCACAAAGGAAAAUGGUCCUACUACGGGCGGUGGACACACUACACGGAGGACGACGACAGCUGGGAGCCCAGCGACUACCUGAUGGACAGCACCAUCCGGGAGUACUGGGCCAAAGUGGUUGCUCUUGGUGGAAGUGUCCCAGAGGGAGCACUUCCAAAUUAA